AUGUUAGGCACGCGGGUGAAUUUCGGCUUACCUCAAUUGGUAUUGUUCAGUGGGAGUUCUAACAAUUCGAUACACGUUUUGGAAGAGGUGAGGAAGCACAAGUCCACGACAAGAUCCGUAGACCUUCACUUCAAGCUACAAAAACCCGUCUCCAAAGACGACGCCUCCAAGAAGAUCAAGAAAAACAAGAAACGCUGGUGGCGUAACGCGCUUCUCUUCUUCAGAUUCCCCAAGCGGCCGCCUGCUGGCGGCGCCGCCGCAGAUCCGGGCGCUCUCCGCCUCCGCAUUGGAUCGAUAUCCGGGCCGGUUUAUGUUACUGAGAGCAGGAGCGGCUCGACAACGCCAUACCGAACCGUCAGCCGGCCGGGGUCCGGUCCGCUCGCGAGAGGGAAUGUGGAGAUCCCCUACAUCAGCCUCAGGGAGCGGAAUAUGGACCACAACCACAGCGUUUCCGCCACGUCGGCUACGCCCAAAUAUUUGGUCACGUGA